AUGUUCUUCACAACACCAGCAUCAUUCAACUCCAACUAUGUUUCCUGGUUCUUCAAUCCCAUGACGGGGCAAGAGGUGUUUCUUCAAUCAUUUUUGAUCUGUCUCAUAAAUGUCAUAGCAGCAUAUAUCUAUGUAUACAUGCAGUACGGCUCCCCAUCAAAAUGGUUCGUAAUCACUGGGCAAAUAGCCUGGCAACUUAGUGCAGGAUUUGUUUGCAUCAUCUACUUAGCGAUUAACCGUACGAUUCGACGAGGUGUACUUGAAUUGCUGGUGCCACAACGAUGGAUGGGAAGAGUUCACUCAAUCCUUAUGCCCACUACUCUUGUAUCUGGAUACCAUAGUCAAAGCGGCAUUAAGAAUUAA